AUGAAACAAGCGGUUUCUGGUGUAUUCAUUAAAUCUAUUCACCGGCUGUGUAUGUUUCAUAUUGUAAGGAAAAUUCCUGCAAAGAUUGCAGGUGAUGUAUUGGAAAAUAUAGACUUGAGAGCUGCUAUACAUAAGCUGGUUUGGAAUUUGUUUAUCACACCUGAAGAAUUUGAAGAAAGAUGGAAUUUGCUUAUGGAAGGGUUACACUUGAAAGAAAAUAAUUGGCUGAACGAGAUGUAUGAGAUUAGGGAUCAAUGGAUCUUGAUGUGUUUCGACACAGCAAUUGAUGGGCAACGGUACACUCAACGCAGAUUGGAGUUCGAAAGUAACACAAUAGCACCAUCAAUGCCGAAGAACGUGCCUAUCGAAAGACAUGCCUCGGAGUUAUAUACACAUACGCUGUUUUUGGAGGUGCAAAAAGAGAUAUACAGAGGCAUGACAUUCUGCUAUAUUGCUUCAAAAACCCCAGAACUUGAUGGGGUAAAAAUUUAUACCAUUGUUCAUACUAACAGGCAGUACAAAGAUAUUAAUGAAUUUGAGGUCAGUUUUGAUACACGCCUUGGCUAUUUGUGUAGGCAUGCCUUUUGCGUGUAUAGAUACAAUCAGGUUGAUGAAAUUCCUGUUCAGUAUCAACCUGGUAGAUGGAAACGAGACAUAUUGCCAAGGAGGGUUUUUAGCAUGUCGAACAGGUAUUCUGCCGUUACAGACGCGGAAUCUAUAAUCUGGAAUGAGAUUUUUGAUUUGGUCAUUAAGUGUACUGAUCGUUUAAGGCGUAAUAUUGGUAAACUUUCUGAGUUGUCUGGUGAAAUUAAAGAAAUUAGGAACCGUGUGUUUCGCGAAUUCCCGACCGAACCGGCGUGUAACAAGACAUCAGCUGUGAUCAGUGACCUUCUCAAACAGCCUGAAGAUAUGGAAGUCUCGAUAAAUCCUCCACAAGGCAUCCGGAACAAAGGGUGCGGUACCAACCAUCGACUCAUUGGUCCCGUGGAAAAGGCUGUUGUUAAUAGUGCUAAAACUACUAGGCUGUGUGGAAAAUGCAAGAAAUACGUUAAUGAUCAUGACUCACGUAAUUGUGAAAAAGUUCAGGCUGCCAAAGAAGCCGCGGCUGCUGCUGCAAAAGCUGCUAAAGCUGGUAAUGUUGCUGUUCCAGAAGAUUCAUGUCACGUUGGUGUUGUUGAUUUGUCUAACGGUGAUACAUCUGUUGGACCAUCGUCUCGCAUUUGUACUCGGGCCACUAGAAGAUCUACCAUACGUUCGUCCGACCCGCUUGAAGAGUGA